CUGCGACCGUUCAGUGCGUGAAAUGUCCACAAAUCAACACUUCAUAUUUUCGGUUUAGAAAGUACUUCAUUCGGGUACUUAAAUCGCAAUUCUUUUCGGGGGGAAUUUUCAAUGUGAACGCACUUCUCACACUAUUUAUACUUCACAAUGUCGAAGAAUAGCGUGAUUUGGAACGCACCUGAAAACUUCACAUCCCAGAAGUCACCGCGCUGUCUCUGCGUCUGUUAUGCGCGUCACUAAACGCGAGCUGCGGGCUAAUGUUUAGUAUUUAACAUUGUUUUGAUGCAAUAAUCAGCUUUCCGUUAUGAAAUAAAGAAAAAUGUCUUACGACGAUCGGUGCGUGACGUGCUUUAUUUUACUGCUCUCUCUUCAGCUAACUUUAGUUUAAUAGCAUUGACUGACAUGUGUUUAAAGGUGGUUGAGUUUUAAAGGUUGAACUUAUUUAAGCUUUAUUCUUUAUGUCUGUUUUGAUGAUGGCGUGGGUUCUGCGCAGGGUCGCGUCGCUUCAGACUGUCAGGAGAUGGAAGUCAGAUUAUAAAUCUGAAGAUUUCUUGAAGCGCGAGGCAGUUCAGAAACACAUUAAGCGCGUGUUAGAUGAACAUCAGUGUGUAUCGAGUCGUUUAGAGCGCGAGCACGUGAGUGAAUCUGAACGCAAAGGUUUAAAUCAUAAACUCGUUCACCUGUCGCGUGUCGUUGACGCGUUUGAAAGAACUCAACACGCGAUGAGAGAAGAGAAAGAUGUAGACGCACUCAUUCACAGCUGUGCAGAAGAGGAGCAGAUGCUUUCACUGCUGAGAGAGGAACAUACAGACAUCAGCAGAAGAUUACAGCAGCUGAAGAAAGAGUUGAUCGAGACUCUGGUUCAAACUGAUGAUGAUGAGGAUGAGGAUGGUAAAAACGUCAUUCUGGAGGUGGCAGCAGGAAGAACCACUGGAGGUGACAUCUGUCAGCAGUUCACCAGAGAGAUGCUCGACAUGUACCAGCACUUCGCCAACUACAAAAACUGGCACUUUGACAUUUUAAAUAAUACUGCAGCUGAAUAUGGGGGUCUUCAUCACGCAGCCGUCAGGAUCUCAGGGGACAGUGUGUAUCGCUGGCUGAAGUUUGAGGGCGGCACACACAGAGUUCAGAGGAUUCCUGAAGUCGGCCUGUCGUCUCGCAUGCAGCGCAUUCACACAGGAACAGUCACGGUGAUCGUCCUGCUGCAGCCGGAUGAUGUUGACAUUCACAUCGAGCCCCGAGAGCUGCGGAUAGACACGUUUAAAUCCAGAGGAGCAGGCGGUCAGAGCGUCAACACCACUGACAGCGCGGUGAGAAUCCUUCACCUGCCAACAGGGAUUGUAGCAGAAUGUCAGCAGUUUCGUUCUCAGUUAAAGAAUCGUGACACAGCCAUGCGCGUCCUCAGAGCACGUCUGUAUGAGAGCUGCACAGGGCAGCAGAGAGAACACACGCAAGCAUCACGCAAACAGCAGGUGGGGUCUCGAUCGCAGUCGGAGAGAAUCCGCACAUAUAACUUCAGUCAGGACCGUGUGACAGAUCACAGGAGUGGUCACGUGAUGCGUGACAUCAAGGAGUUCAUGAGAGGAGGUGAGAGUCUGGAGGAGAUGAUCAGACUCCUGCAGGAGCACACAGACAGAGAGACGUUACUCAAACUGCUGGAGAACAACAUCUGAUGAUCAUACACAUCUGAGUAUCUCUGAAAAAUAAAAUCUUUAAAACAGAUAAAAAUAUGUUUUGUGAAGAUAAUUUGAUUUCAAAUGUGUUUUUAUAAUAUACAUGUAUAUUUUAAAUCUCACAGGUACAAGUAAAUCAUUUAGUAAUUAUUAUAAUUCAGCUGACAAAUAAGUUUGAAAUCCCCUACUAUACACAAUUAUUAUUUAUACAGAUAGUUUUGAUAUUGGAGAUUUGUAAGAAUGCUGACAGAAUCAAUACUGAUCCAGGAUCAGAGUUUCUUCAAAGCUUGAGAGAUGUUGAGAUUUUUUUUUUUUUUCAUUUACAUUUUUCUGCAUUUGGCAGCGAUUUGCAUGAUAUCAUGACAUUUGUUUUUGAGCUUGUGCAAUUUACAGUUGAAAGAAAAAGUAUGUGAACCCUUUGGGCUUACUUGGAUUUCUUCAUAAAUUGGUCAUAAAAUGUGUUCUGAUCUUCAUCUAAGUCACAACAAUAGAGAAACACAGUCUGCUUAAACUAAUACCGCACAAACAUUAUACGUUUUCAUGUUUUUAUUGAACACAACAUGUAAACAUUCAUAGUGCAGGGUGGAAAAAGUAUGUGAAACCCUAGACUAAUGACUUCUCCAAGAGCUCAUUGGAGCCAGGAGUCAGCCAACCUGGGGUCCAAUCAAUGUGAUGAGAUUCGAUGUGUUGAUUAAAGCUGGCCUGUCCAAUAAAAAACACACACAAGUUUCUCUGGCACAUGCUAACAUUUUUGUUGACAAAUCUACAAUAAGGAAAACAUUAAACAAGAAUGGACUUCAUGGGAGGACACCACGGAGGAAGCCACUGCUGUCCAAAAAAAACAUUGCAGCACGUUUGAAGUUUGCAAAAGAGCACCUGGAUGUUCCACAGCACUACUGGCAAAACAUU